CUCCUCCCCAAACAGAUGUGGUGGUUUUCAAGGCUGGAAACAGUUCAUUCAGAAUAUCUAGAGAAAGAACUUGAGGAACUAGGUGUGGUUUAUAAAGACCAGAUCAGAGAUCACUCCUCUCCAGAGCAGACUGAGCAGAUACAUUAGUUCAUCUUUUUAAUCGACAUCAUUCCUCACUUGACCAUGUACACCCGAUGCAACAGGAGAGGACAUCUUGAAUGUGUUGUUGACAGUCAGCACUUGAAGCUGGAUGAUUUGAAAGAGGAAGCUCUGAAAAUAAGGCUGACAAACCAGUACCUUUACAAAAAAACCAUCCCGGCUUCCCCUCAACCAGAGUUUCAUGUGUCUCAUCUGAAACACGACACAAACCAAACUGGACUAAGAGGCAUCAAGACUGAUGAAGGCUUCAGGAACCCAGGCAGAGGCUCUCUGCUGUGGUGGAGUCUGGCUGUGGGACCUGAUGAGAUAGCGUCAGCUGAGAGGAGGCUCCUGGAGACGACCUUCCCGGACCGGACGGAGGAGCAGGUCCAGAUGCAGCAGAGCUUCCUGGAGAAGUUUACCACCUCCCCGGCCUUCGAGCAGACCUCCAGGCUGGGCUCGUACCGCUUCACCUUCCCCCUGGAGGAGGUGCUGGAGGCCUACAGAGAGCAGUUUUGCUGCGGCGCUCAGCCCGUCAUGCGGGUGUACGAGACCGUCCUGUACAAACAGGAAGUGAUGUACGUUGUGCUGAUCCACAGCCCAGCCAAUCAGAAGCAGUUCUCUAAAUAUCCUUUGCUGACUGACGACCCAAACUCUGUCUGCACCUACAGAGACGGCUGCUUCAUCUGGAGGCCUGAGGCCAUGAGUGAGACACACAGGUAUAAGUUGGUCCGGAGACGUGAUGAAAUGCAGAUGGAAGCGGUGCGGAUGAAGCGUACCCCUGAGUUUUAUGUUUGGGAUCAUGUCGCCGUUGCACUGCAUGUGGAUAAACAGGUGCUGAACUUUGAUCCUGACCGACUGAGAGAGAACCUCACGUGGUGUGAUAAAGCAGCAGUUCCAAUCUCUCGUCCUCACACUUUUGAUUACCUGAUACAAGCUGAGGACUUUGUUGAAGGACUGUGGCCCGACUGUCCCUCUGCACUGCAGAAAACUUGACACUUGACUUGUUUUGUUGUUCUUUAAUUAGGGUGUACAGUGGGUACGGAAAGUAUUCAGACCCCUUUAAAUUUUUCACUCUUU